AGUACUUAUUCUGUUCAUAAGGAAAAUAUAAGCUUAUAAAUUUAAUUCAAAUGGUUUUGUAAUUUUAGUUGUCACUCUGAUAUUCAGCUUAGCAUUACUUUUGUCGAGUGCUGCUAGCAAUAUGUUAGUACUUCGGUUGUCAAGUCUUCUUGGUUUAAUAUUGAUAUCCUGGGCAAAGUCAGUCGAUCAGCUGCAUCCACUAUCAGACGAAUUUAUUAAACUUAUCAACUCUAAACAGAAGCUGUGGACCGCCGGACGGAACUUUCACGUAUCAACACCCCUAAGUUACCUAAAAAGCCUCGCGGGCACAUUGGAAGUUAACUCAGAUGAUAUACCAGAAGUUAGUUACGAUAAUUUUAAAUUGGUUCAACCACCAAGAUAUUUCGAUGCUCGCCACGCAUGGCCAUAUUGUCCUAGCUUAUACGACGUACGAGAUCAAGGCUCUUGUGGUAGUUGUUGGGCUGUUUCAGCAGCAUCUGCCAUGACUGAUAGAUUCUGCAUCAAAAAUGGAGGACGAAAACACUUCUAUUUCUCAGCUCACGAUAUUCUAAGUUGCUGUGUCAGAUGCAGCAAUGGUUGCGUUGGUGGAAUACUGUCAAAAGCGUGGUAUUAUUAUGAAAAAUACGGUGUCGUUUCUGGUGGACAUUAUAAUUCCAGUCAAGGUUGCAGACCGUACAAUAUUCCUCCAUGCCAGCAUGAAGGCAAGCAAAGUGAUAGGCCGGCGUGUCGCAAUAGGAGCUCUACACCAAAAUGCCAAAACAUCUGUAUUGAUUCAUACACGAUCAAUUACACAAACGAUAAACAAAAGAACAACCGACGGAGUUACAAGCCGAAAGAUAUGCUAGGUAUUCAAUGGGAUUUAUUUUUUAAUGGCCCCGUCACAACGACUUUUAACUUAUACGAAGACUUCCUUAGUUACAAAUUCGGUGUAUAUAAAUACACUGUAGGAAAAUUGUUAGGCAGACACUCCGUGAAGCUGAUUGGCUGGGGCACAAGAGAUGGUGUUGAUUACUGGAUAGCAACAAAUUCUUGGAAUACAGAUUGGGGCGAGCAAGGGUUCUUCCAAAUAAUAAGAGGUUCCGAUCAUUGCGGUCUUGAGAGUGGAGCUGUGGUUGGCUAAAUUUGUCCAAGUUGAACGAUGUUGUAUGCUUUACUUUCUUAAUAAAUUCAAUGAAGCAGUUAUUGUAAG